CACCUUUAAUUUUCACGCUGUUACCAGGUAACGGUGAAUCAAUUAACUGUGUUUCGCGUGCUUCUUUUUCGUCAAUCCGUUCGCGAAACGGGCGCGGAUCGAGGAAAAAAUAUGGCUACAAGUUAUUAGCUGAUCGGUUUUCGAAAAACAGGGAACAACUCGCAACCAGUAGCCCAUACGUUGUACCGUUGAAAAAAAAAAAGGGGUUGAAACGUAGAUGGAAAACGAGAGAGGGAAGAAAGAGAAACAAAAUAAAAUCAGAACGGUGUCAUAUGCGCCUGCUUGCAUGAUAAAUGUAGCGAUUUAAAAUCGAAAUUUCUCUUUUCGUGUGCACGAGCCCUCGACGUUUGACUAAUGGUCCCGCAUUAACUAUUGGAGCAUUAUAGGAACGGCACGUUGAAAUUCUGAAAAAUACAUUCGACCCGACAAGAGAUUAAUAUUUUGUAGCUUUAUCUGCUUCGCUGGGCGCCGCGUUACUGCUCUUGUUCAUGAUAAUGGAUCCUUGGGCAUCCGUCCAACGUUUUUCACGCCUUUCGAACGGGAGGGGGAUUUCCUUCAAGAAAACAAGCUAAUUAAGCAUCUGGCAAAUUAAAUUUCAACCACGAUUACCGCUCGCAAAUCGAAUAGAUGUCAAUUUGAAAAUUUUAUUUUAGCGAACGAUUGCAUAAUUUCUAUCGUCGAACACGUUUGCGAAAGUUAACCCUUUUCAUUUGUUGAAACGCUACUUGACAAAAGUGUAGAAGAGUAUCGAAAGGAGACCACCCGUACGAAACGAGACCGGGUUGACACCUAGGGCACCUAGCCACCCUGUCUAUUGUGUACGGAUAGGGGUGGGCUUGUCCAAUGGACUGUGCUUUACCGAGCGUAAAAUAUCCCCAUUCUUUAACCCAUAAUGCUUGCCGCGUUCUCCAAGCAUCACUCCUUUAUUCCAUACAAAAUACAGUGGAGCCAUGGUUUUUAUCCGUAUGACGUACUGAGAAAGAAUUUGUUCAUUUGAAAUUUCAAAGGAAAGAAGAUUUGAGAUACGUAUAGAAACAUAGAUGGGAAAUUGAUCACGAUCGAUAUUGACUUCGGUAUCUCGAUAAAACCAGCGCGAUGGUGAGAAAUUAAAAGACGAAAGAACGGUUGCCUCUGAUCAGAUCCCGUUUGCGUGGGAGCAACGAGGUGAAGAUACUGAAUUCUUUUUCAACGAAUAUUAAAAUGAAAGUGAAACAGAAGUUCCGGUAUAUCUGGCGAUGAAAAUCGGUGCGGCAGGUUGGGUGGAUGGUAGCCUUUGGUAGAAGAGGGACAGAACGAGGGCAGAUGGAGACCCCGUGACAGAAUGAUAAUAAUCCCUUGAGCGUUUUCUUUCAUUUCCCUUUAUUAUCAUAUUAUUAAAAAAAUCUCCGUGAAAUGUUAUUAAAAUCGUUUAAACGUCGCGUGCCACGAGCCACCGGCAUUGUCCUUCAAUUUAAUAAUAUUAAGCGCGAACUUCCGAAGGGGAUGAAACGUGGGACGGGUACACCCUCUCUCCCACCUUUUUUCAUUCUGGUUUGUACACUGAUCUUUAUAAUACACCGAGACUGAACGUCCUAUUAUUCCAUCUAAUUUUUUAUUAUCGACCAUUACGCCAUUUGUCUUGGCCGAUUUAGGGUGAAAAAGGCCCGACAGGAUUUACGAUUUUAAGUAUUAAACUUUCAUUUCAAUAUAUUUUCUUUCGAAAAUAUAAGAAGGAUUUCUAAAAGAAUUGUUAAUUAUAGAGGGGGCUUUCAAUAAUUAAGAAUAUAAAGUAUUUUUAUUUUACAAAAUUGAUUUGAGAAUUCUGUAUGAUUCUGUUAGUAAAUUUCGGUGAACCAGGUGUUCAGAGACAGGCAAGUCAGUCGUUUGCAAAACUGUUGAUCGAACGAGCCGACAGGCAAGAAGUUCAAAGAAUGUUUGCUAGCAUAGCGAGGACGAAGUAGAACGAAUCAACGUCAUUAGCGGCGAACGAUUUCAAUGCGAUGGAUGUGCAACCAGGCGCAACGAUCCAGACCAGUUGCACAUUUAUCUAACGACAAAUAGAUCCCACCUUUUAAAGGCCUUCGAGUCUGCUUUGUAGACUGUUGCAGGCUUGUUUUGCAUACAUACGAAGCACCGUAGCUAUUAAACUCGUAUUACUUUUUGAAAGUUGAAUAGAAUCAGUGGAUCUUCGUUUUAAUCUUAAUUUAGGAUCUUAAAUUUAGCUAUGAAAUUAUAAAUUUUCAAAUUGGAACAUGGUAAACAAUCAUGGAACGAAAUAAGUAAAUUUUCAAAAUUAUAUUGAAAAUAGUGGUGACGUUUCGUCUAAAUGGCUAACGUAGGAACGGAAACGUUUCGGGUAGAAUGGACUGACGCAACGAAACGAAAGUGGAUGACAGAUCGUUUCUCUGUUCCGCGAAUAGGCAUGCGAUGAUGGAUUAUAGAGAAGCGACCUACGCCGUUGAUUCCUACCUACAGACACAUCGCACCUUUGCCUCCUCUUUCCGCUGACAUUCCUGCGAUUGUCCUCGAUGGGCUGGUCGGUUUUUCCAUACCUCUGUCCUUAAAUGCUUUCAAAAUCAUUGGCCAAUUUUAUGGGAAGUUUUUUUUUCCUCUAUCUAUCCCACCUUUCCAUAACUGUCUCCUCUUUCUUUGUUCCCUGAAUGUUUAAGUACCUUCGAUGAUUCCAACUUCUUUCAACCCUUACACGAUUCGAGUUAAAUCCUCGAAAGGUGUACUUAGAAUUUUUUUUCACAAAAUCUUAUGCAAUUUUGAAAAAUGAUCAAUUUUCAAAUUUACAGAGUUCCUAGGUGAAAUGGGUAUUUUCUGAGAGGCUCGAACAUCACCGUUCACGGUUAACACACAGGCUAGUAUAAUCGAUGAUCGAAAAGAAAUAAUAAACGAUUGUGAAAUCGACAAGUCAUGUCCCGUCGCACGAUCCACGAUCACUUUCACAGCGUGAUCCUCCGAUCUCCGGAUGAAUCGAAGGGUCCAUCGUGUGUAAGGGGUGCGUGCCUUCGAUAAAGGGACGUUAUUUUAUGCCUCUCUAUCCAUUCCACUCUGUCUGUUCUUCUCUCCCUGAAACCCAACAAUUAGUCGCCUGCUUAUGUCCGUGAUUAAUGGACAUCUACGAGUGCAGCAGGCGUGUUCCAAUAGAGGACGAUGAAGAAGAGAGCGAGAGAGAUACUGAUAGAGGAGGAACGAAGAAAGAGAGAUCUGUGUGAUGGAGUUAGUUGCGAGUGGUGAUAAUAUUCCAUUAGAUGCUAUUAUAUUCAUCGCGGGACAAUGCGUGAGGUUCUUCUGUAAAGGGAAAAAAUGGGGUAAAAGCUGCUCGCACCCAGUCGAGCUCAUUGUCGGUGACCUGACUUUACCGCCAUUAUUAGCUAGCUUAUCCAACGUCCGGCGUCCCGCAAAUGUACCGGACUAACCAACUCCUGUUACAAAUGGCUCGGAUACUAUUGGAAAUGUACCAUGGAACGUGUUAAUACACCACUGUUGUGAGAGAAAGCGUAGGAAGGCAGGAGAAAGGGAAGGUGGUGGCGUCUGCUCGAAGAAGAGGCGACGAGAAGAGGGUCGUCGGUGUACGGUCGAGAGGGAAGUAUCGGUAGGAUCGUCAACCAUUCAAGUGCAAAACAAAUGGAAAAAGACAAAUUAAAAAGGACUUACAAUCGCAGUUAAACGCUCUCAAUAAUCGUUCAGAUUAUUGAAGAAAAGUAAAAGAAGCACUGUGCGAUCAGAAGAAGAAAUAAACCAACCGUAGUGAGUUAAAGUGUGGGUUGGUAGCCAGGGGGUUGUGAUAUGUUUCCUUCGUCAGCGGCGAUGCUGAAGAAUCUGCAACAAAGUGCAAUGACCUCGCCCUUUUUAAUGGAGAAUCUGCUCCAGAGCAAGGCGUCGCCGGGUGCCGAUCUAACCAGUCUGACCUUGAACUGGGCAGCGAGUCUCGUGGCUAGACAGCGGGAAAGAGAGUGCGAGGCGAACCUGAGGAUCGCUCGUGAGAAGGUGUCGCCGUCGAGCGCGAACCAGGACCAGCUGGAUCAGCGAUCCAGCUCCGGUACACGUGGUUCGGAUCGAGGGAAUCCGAUGAUCGACUGCAGGGACCAUCAGAGGGGUUCCGGCAGGAUCGAUCGUCAAAACGAUCGGAUACAAAUCCUUCGGCACAAGGAGGAGAUGGAGAGGAAUCAUAUCGCUUACGUGGACGUGGACAACGAGAGGAUCGACGGCCACGUAAUCGUUGAUCGGUUGUGCGCGAUGGAGAGGCUGUGUAACGAGAGGAUCGAGAACCGAUCGAACUCCGCUGUCGAUUCGUGCAAUUCGAACGCCGACGAGGAUCCGACCAGCUUGGAGAUGGACGGCGGACUUCAUGGGGAUAGGGAAAAGGAGGAUGGUAUGCUGGGCGGUGAACGGGUUACCACGUUACAGGACAGACGGUACGACCUUGGAUGCAGAAACGUCAUCCACACGUCCGACGAGAUGACGAUUCAAGGGGAGAGAGAGGUGGCGGUUGAGCGUGUCGUCGACAGGAUAGGUGAGAGAACGUCCGCCUGUUCCUGCGGGGAUGAGCAGUGCUUAGGACCUGCAUGCAGAACCAUCCAGGAGAAGGAGAAGCCGCAGCUCAAGUUCAGCGUCAACGCUAUUCUAGGCGGCAAUCAUGACAGGCGACCACAUUCCGAUAAUUUUCAAAGCCUUCCGCCGGAAGCGAUACCAGCGUUCCUCCAAAACCUGCAGAAUUCUGCGAAUUAUAAUAUCGCAAAACCGAUUGCAAGACCUGCCGCUUAUCAUCCUUAUCACAGGCCGAGUCAUCAACCCCCUCAACGUCAUUUACCCCCGAAUGCCCAUCACACGUUACAGCAAUUAUUCUACAGAGGUCCCUAUUUAACAGUUGCCAGUUCUGGAACUGGAGGUCAUCAUCCCGGUGCCCCAGGUGGAGGGACAGCAUUUCCAGGUGCGAUUCAAGGAAGUUUAGGCGAUUUCGCGAGCACAGGACUCGUGUUUCCAUGGGCGACAAACGCGCGUGGAAAACCUCGCAGAGGGAUGAUGAGAAGGGCAGUUUUCUCGGACCUUCAACGACGUGGCCUUGAGAAAAGGUUUCAGAUACAAAAGUAUAUCAGCAAGCCGGACCGUAAGAAGCUGGCUGAGAAACUCGGUCUCAAGGAUUCUCAGGUGAAAAUCUGGUUUCAAAAUCGACGAAUGAAAUGGCGAAAUAGCAAGGAGAGAGAAUUGCUUGCAACAGGGGGUUCACGGGAGCAAACGUUACCAAACAAGAAUAAUCCAAAUCCUGACUUAAGCGACGCCGAUGGAGACAGGCCGAGAAUGGAUUUGAGCGAUGUGAGUCCAUUGACGAGUCCUCAGCGUCCGGAAGAGCAAACGGAGAACGAGGAGGAUGAGGAAAUCAACGUCACGUGAUGAAAUACUAGUCGAGAUCCUCCUGACAAGGACACGUUUACUCGAUGGACUCACCAUUCAGGAUUCACAGAGAACACUUAGCGAACAAAGAAUCAAGUGAACUGAUCUGUGUUCCUGAUCAAAAAGUUGUAAAGAGAUCUGAUAUUAAUCUGUUCAAUGGAAUUGUAGUCAUUCGUCAUGGAUAAGGGAUACACUAGUCAAGAUUAGAGAUGAACAAAUUUUUGGUGAUUCAUUGCAGAGUGUCGAGCAACGUAAGUAGGUUUCCUUAAGGAAAAUCCACCCCCAUAGGGGUUCAUAGGUUUCGAGGUUCUUGGCUCUGUCCUAGGUCUCUCGUUCUCCGGGUUCCCGGUCCUCCUCGAAGGUUUCCUUUUCCUCGACACUCUACAAUGGACCAUGGAGUGGUCCAAAGUGUAUCCUGAAAUCUGAAGCUUCCAUAAUUUCUGAUUUUUCGACCGUGACAUGAUCUUUGUAUUUAGCGAAUGUAUUGAUAGUUUCCUUUUUAUUAUUUUUUUUUUUUUUUUUGAACAGUGAAACUCACCUUCGUGUAAAUGUACUUUCACUAUUCGCAGCUUGACGCAUUGUCUGCUGGUUUAUGCCGGAUGAUCAAGAAUAAAUCAUUAAAAAUAUGGAACGCGAUAAAGAUCAUAGUAAAAUUGGAAAAAUAAUCAAAAUGAUGGUUCAGGUUCUUAAGAAAUGAAAACACAUGUGAAAUAAACAAGAAGAAAAUUUCAUUUAUUAUAUUGUAUAAAUUUAUAAAAAUAAAAUGUCAUUCGGUGAAAUUUAAACAUGGAAUAGCGGUUUGAACUUCGAUCUUAGUCGUGUGUCGUAUCUUUAAAAGAUCAAAGUAAUUUUUAGAUCAUUGCACGUUGUAUCAAAUGAAAAUAAAUACGGCGUAAACAAGUGAUUAUAACUAUUGCGUCAACGAACUGGAUAUCACAAAAAUUGACACGUCGACGAGCAUUUACCGACAGUCAUUGUACAUAUAUAAGUUUCAUCGUACUACGACUGAUUCGCAAAAAGACGGAUCUCAUAGAAUACGUAACUUAAAUUAAUGAAACAGGAAACUCUGAUCAUAUGUUUACCUCAUUUUUGCUAUAAAUAACUAUGAAGAUAUUAAAUUCAAAUCGUUUACCUUGGACAUUGAAAAAUUGCAUUAAUUAUAUUUCUUCGUUUACUUCAAGAUAAUUAUAUCUAGUGGUUUUCCGAUAAUUAUAUUCUACUUCUACUUCGAAUAAUGUUUCUGAAUGACAUUCAAAACAACUGCCUUUUCAAUUUGUCAGUUGCACUUGAUUCUUUUCUUGCUCACAAUUGAAUUUCAAUUUUGUCUUUUAUCACCUUUGACGUAACAGAGUUUCAACUAAAUCAACAAAUGUAUAAUAUUGUAAUUAGAAAUUGAUGUAAGUUUUGCGAAAUUAUCUGUAAGGUAUACUAUAAGGUUGUACUAGACGUUAAAAUUCCUAAGAUGUGUACCUAAGAUCCAAGAAUAAUGCCCUCGUGGCAUCGAGAAACCACAUGUAAUUAUUCAUUGUGAUGCAUUAUAAUCUGUGUAAUAUAUUGCAAUAAAACUGUCUAUGCCAAUCG